AGUUGGUUCCCGAUAUUUUUGUAUCUGGUACCCGAUGCGUAAACUACAACAACAACCUGAAGUAACGAAAGAAAUAAAUAAAAAUAAGAUUUUAAAGAUUAUAAAACAUGGCAGAAAGAGAAGUUGUGAUUGUAUCAGGAGCAAGAACAGCUGUCGGUAAUCUCAGUGGCUGUUUGUCCAGUUUGGCUGGCCAUGAUCUUGGUGCUGUGUGUAUACAAGAGGUGCUGAAAAGAGCAAAAGUGGCACCUGAAAAUGUAUCCGAGGUUAUCAUGGGUCAAGUGCUUACUGCAGGUGAAGGUCAGAAUCCAGCUCGACAAGCCAGUGUCAAGGCAGGUGUAUCGUACAACAUUCCAUCUACAAGCGUUAACAUGUUAUGUGGGUCAGGACUUAAAGCAGUUGCCAUGGGAUACCAAGCGAUUAAAGCAGGUGACUCUUCAGUAGUUGUGGCUGGAGGUCAAGAAAGUAUGAGCAGGGCACGUCAUUGUGCACAUUUAAGAACAGGAAAAAAGUUUGGAGAUAUGACAUUUGUUGAUACCAUGCUCUCAGAUGGACUCACAGAUGCAUUCCACAACUAUCACAUGGGACAAACAGCGGAAAAUGUAGCCAAGCAGUGGAAAAUAUCCAGACAGGAUCAAGACCAGUUCUCAUUACUAUCACAACAAAAAUGUGCCACGGCCAGACAAAAUGGUUUCUUUCAAAAGGAGAUAGUUACAGUACCUGUCAAAUCUCGGACUGGUGUAGAAGAAGUAAAAGAAGACGAGUUUCCAAGACCAAGCUCUACAAUAGAAGGUUUACAGAAGUUAAAACCAGCAUUUGUAACAGAUGGGACCGGCACAGUGACAGCCGGAAAUGCAUCUGGAAUCAAUGAUGGAGCUGCAGCUGUAUUGAUGAUGUCCAAAGAGGAUGCUGGGAAAUUGGGGCUGGUUCCCUUGGCUAAAAUUGUUUCAUGGGCCCAGACUGGUGUAGAUCCUUCCGUGAUGGGAACCGGUCCAAUCUCUGCUGUAAAGAAAGCUGUGGAGAAAGCCCAGUGGAAACUAGAUAGUGUAGAUUUGUUUGAAUUAAAUGAAGCAUUUGCUGCCCAGUCAAUAGCGGUGGUUAAAGAUCUUGGGGUAGAUAUAAAUAAGGUUAAUAUAAAUGGUGGCGCCAUUGCUAUAGGUCAUCCGAUAGGGGCAUCAGGAGCUCGGGUUCUUGUCACUCUGUUGUAUGCUAUGGAGAGAACCGGAGCUAAAAGGGGCGUGGCAGCACUGUGCAUUGGAGGCGGGAUGGGCAUUGCCAUGUGUGUUGAAAGAUAACCAAAGUACAGAAAAAAGGCGGGAUUUACAAGAGAGGAGAGCCGGUCAAAAGAAGGUCAUGCUUAAGCAGCUACUAGUAAUGAAAGCUAACUGUGGGAAAUUAAAUGUGAUUAAUUUUUAGCAGCAAAUGGCAGAUUGGUUGUUAAGUCGUGACUGGUUGUAAUUGAGGGUCAUUUCUGUUUACACAUAUUAUGUGAUACAGUGUAUAUAUAUAAAAUUUAUUUUUGAUAAUAAAGUGCUAAAUUUCUCAAAAA